AUGGUGAAUAAUAUGGAAAAAAUCAAUAUGAAGAGAAAGAAGAUGAUUAUUCACAAAUCACUCUUCCUCCUCACUAUGAUGAAGAAGAACACAUUGAAUAGAUCCUCAAAACCACUUGCGGCACCGCUUCUUUCUAUGAAAAAGAAGAAGAAAAUUUGUGUUAAAUUUUCACAACAAAAAUCGCUUUCUUCUACCAAUUUUAUUAUAAUUGCAGAGCCUGAAUUUUAUUUACCCGAUGACUGUUGGGAGCAUGUCUUCACAUUCCUCAUCAACCCCGUCGAUGGAACCGAAGACAAAAACAAACUCAACUUUAAAUCCCUAUCUCAAGUUUCAAAACACUUCCACUCCAUCACCAACCGUUUAAUAUUCUCUAUGAGAAUUUAUUAUCCACAACUUCGUUAUCUCUCUCGUUUCUUCCAUAGAUUUUCCAAUCUUAAUUUCCUUGAUCUCUGCUUUGGCUCUCAUAAUCUCGAUGUUGGCAUUGCUUUGGCUCUUCAUGACAGACCAACUUUGAAAUCUUUAUCUAUUUUCGGAAUUGAGCUACAGGAUUCAAACCACGUCACUUCACAUUAUAUUGAUUCCUUUGUGAGUUUGAAGGGUUUGAAUUAUCUUAAGUUCCGGUGUUCGCAAAUAUCUGAUAAUUUGCUUUAUGCUAUUGCAAGAGAGGGUCUUCCUUUAAAGAUGUUUGUUCUUGAAAAUUGUAUCGGCUAUAGUUACCAUGGAAUUUAUGAUUUAUUAUCCAAGUGUAAUGGGAUACAACAUUUGAUUCUUCAAGGUGUUGAUUUUUUAAAUAAUCAUCAUGUUUCUCAGUUGUCUUUGCUUCUUCCUGAUUUAGUAUCUAUAAACCUUAAUGAAUGUUCCAAGCUCAAUGAAUCAGCUUUGUUUGCACUUAUUAAAAACUGUCAUUCACUUGGUAAGAUCACAAUGGAAAAUAUAUAUGAAAUCCCAAUGGAAAACAUAUAUAAUGAACGGGGGAGUGUAGAAAAUUCAGAUAUUUUGAAAGAUUUUGAAGCCAAUCCUCAAUUAAAGUUUCUCCGUUUGGGUCACACUUCAUUUAUAAACGACGGGACCAUCAUAUUGUUUGCUUCCAUUUUUCCUAAUUUGAAGCUUCUCGAUUUAAGUUUUUGCGAUGGCAUAUCUAAAAAAGGUAUUUGUCAAGUUUUAAGUAGAUGUUGUAAGCUUAAAUAUUUGAACUUGACCUACUUUAAGGAUGUGAGAGAACUUAAAAUAAACUUUGUAGUUCCCCAACUAGAGGUGUUGGAUUUAUCUAGUACAAAUGUUGAUGAUAAAACUCUCUAUGAAAUCUCAAAGAGUUGUUGUGGGCUUUUGCAACUAUCAUUAAUAUAUUGUGAGUAUGUCACGGAAAAGGGAGUGAUGGAUGUGGUUGAAAACUGCACACAGCUGAAGGAGAUCGAUUUGUCAUGUUGUGAUAAAGUGAAUGUUGAUGUUGUUGUCUCAAUGCUUUCAUCAAGGCCAUCAUUAAAAAAAAUUGAUGCAAUUUUGUAUCUGUGA